AUGGGGAAAUUGUUCGGAAAGAAAGCUGAAGGCGAGGAAGACUCCAAACGUUCAGCCCUAUUCGGUAGCCGCUCGAAGAGAGACAAAUCCCCCAAUCCCCAGGAGAACCCUUACGCCAACGUACCUCUACAAUCCGACGCAUACACUCAAGCGAAGUCUAAAGCAGGAGUACCUAGCUAUAGCCAGAAAUCUGACUCCACGGGUCCACCACCUAAUUAUGCAGGGGCCAGUAAUGGCUAUUCUGAAGAUAAGAAGACGGGUGGAUAUGGACCUGAUAGAUACGGUGCGUCAGGAGGGUAUGGAGCGGACAGAUAUGGUGCUGGCGCAAACAGCGGGGCCACAAGAUAUGGAUCCGGUGGUUAUGGUGGGCUAGGUCCGGUUCCAAAUAGACCAGACGCAAACCGAGAUGCUCUCUUUGGCAAUGCCAGCGAAAGAGUGCAGAAACAGCAGCAACAACGAAUGGGAUACGGCCAGCCUCCACCCUACGAAGAAGGUGAGCAAGGUAGUCAUAGCGAGCAUGAUCAAGCCGGCUAUCAACCAUACGGUGACAGGCAAUUGACGGCCGAGGAGGAGGAAGAGGAAGAUGUCCAGGCUACCAAACAGCAAAUGAGGUCUAUAAAGCAGGACGAUGUUUCCGCGACAAGGAAUGCACUCCGACUCGCCGCUCAGGCAGAAGAGCAGGGUAUGAAUACGCUAGCACGAAUUGGUGCUCAAGGCGAACGCAUUCACAACACGGAAAAGAAUCUCGAUCUCACAGCAAAUCAUAAUCGGUCUGCAGAAGAGAGAGCGAGAGAACUGAAGCAUCUCAACCGCUCCAUCGAGAGCAAACGAGCGGACCAAAGGGAUGCAGACGUCCUUGAAAAACACAGAAUAGAGCGUGUAGAGCGGGAAACCUCACGAAGAGAAGGGUUCCAAUCAGACCAGAGGAUGCAGAAGACGUUCCGAGAAUUGAUGAAUGAAGAUCCUAAUAGCGCUCCUGCAAAAGCGAGUCUUGCCGAACGGGCGAAAUAUCAAUUCGAAGCAGAUAGCGAAGAUGAAGAGCUCGAGAAUGAGAUCGAUAGUAAUCUAGAUGCCUUGGGCCAUGCGGCAGGCCGGUUAAAUCACCUAGCUCGAGCUACUGGUAAAGAGGUUGACGAGCAGAACAGACAUCUAGAGCGUAUCAAUGCAAAGAGCUCGUUUAGAUAG